AUGGAAGAAAAGGGGAAAUGUAAAAAAAUAAUGGAAUCACCGUAUUCUAUAGAAUUGGAACCUCUAGAUCAUGAAAAAAGUAGCACUAUAUUGAAAACUCUCUUAGAAAUUAUAAGUUCCAAUAUAUCCCAAGAGUUUUUAAUAUUUACGCAUGAUGAAAUUGUACAACUUUUAGAAGAUCAACAGCUAGAUGCUCUUAUACUAAUAAGGACUGUUCAAUAUGAAAAAUAUUACAAACAUAUACCUAUAAUAGCUGCCUUAAAAAAAAUCAGUUUUGUCUUACUAGAAGAAAA